UCUCAGUCAUUGCAUUAAGUUCAGUCGAUGCAGUUCGCAAUAUCAACAUGGUUUUUAUAUACUUGGUGAUUGCAAUAUCCGCGCUUAUCGCGUAUUACAUAUACAAUAAUACGUAUUAUUGGCGUAAUCGAGGAAUUCCUCAGGAUCUGCCACAUCCAUUCUAUGGCAACAUGGUUGGCUUCCGCAAGAAUCGCAUUGUGCACGAUAUGCUCGAGGAAUAUUAUACCAAAUACCGAAAGGCGGGUCAUCCCUUUGUGGGAUUCGGCUUUCUGUUUAAGAAAGGUGCCCUCAUCAUGGACAUUAAACUAGCCAAGAAUGUGCUAAUCAAGGAUUUCAGCAACUUUUCCGAUCGCGGACAGUUCCACAAUGUGAGAGACGAUCCCUUGUCUGGUCAUCUUUUUAACUUAGACGGCAAGCGUUGGAGACAAAUGAGACAGAGACUCUCACCCACUUUUACUUCCGGUAAAAUGAAGUUCAUGUUCCCUACAGUCAUCAAAGUGUCUGAGGAAUUUGUUAAGGUGAUGUUUGAAGAAGUCCCAGCCAAAUCUGGAGGUGCUAUUAUCGAGAUCAAAGAACUGAUGGCUCGCUUCACCACUGACGUCAUUGGCACCUGUGCCUUUGGCAUAGAGUGCAACACUCUUCGCACUCCAGACACAGAUUUCCGUAAAAUGGGAAGCAAGGUGUUCACCGAUGUCCGUCAUGGUGCUUUACUCACAGCUUUCGAAUUCAGUUUCCCCGAACUGGCUGAGAAGCUGAGAAUGAGAAUAGUACCCGAUGAUGUCCAUGAGUUCUUUAUGGGCUUGGUAAACGAAACAAUCGCCUACAGGGAAAAGGAGAAUAUCAAGCGCAACGAUUUCAUGGAGAUGUUGAUUGAACUCAAGAAUAAGGGAAGUUACACACUAGAAGAUGGCGAAGUAGUCAAGGGACUAGACAUUGGAGAGCUCGCUGCCCAAGUCUUUGUGUUUUAUGUGGCUGGUUUUGAGACAUCUUCUUCCACUAUGAGUUAUGCUUUAUACGAACUGUCUCAGCACACAGAUAUACAGGAUAAGCUGAGGGAACACAUUAAUAGUGUAUUGCAGCAAUUCGAGGGAAAACUUACUUAUGAAAGUAUCAAAGCCAUGCGUUACUUGAAUCAAGUCAUAUCAGAAACUCUUCGUCUUUAUACUAUCGUGCCUUUCUUGCAACGGAAAGCUCAGAACGAAUAUGUUGUUCCGGGUCAUCCCAGCUACGUUAUACCAAAGGGAACGACAGUAUUUAUACCUGCAGCUGCCUAUCACCGGGAUGAAGAUCUCUAUCCCGAUCCAAUGAAAUUCGAUCCUGAACGUUUCUCAGCCGAACAAGUUGCCAACCGAGACUCUGUGGAGUGGUUGCCCUUUGGUGAUGGUCCUAGGAACUGUGUGGGAAUGCGUUUUGGUCAAAUGCAGACACGUAUUGGCCUGGCCCAGCUGAUAAAGAACUUUAAGUUCUCGGUGUGCGAUAAGACUGACAUUCCUCUUAUCUAUAAUACCAAAUCGGUAGUAUUGGGCACAGUGGGUGGCAUCUUUGUGAGGAUCGAGCGAAUUUGAACUGCAAUUGCUAAAUAGAAAAAUAAAUGUGUUGGAAAAAUUAUGUGUGAUUUUAAGUUAUACAUUGAUUAGGUAUUACGAGAGAAUGAAAUAUGACCUAACAUCAUAAAAUAAAUUGUACUGAAGUACAUAGUGGAAAGACUUUUGCAACAAAAGCAAAAAAAUAUAAAUUUUUCAAUAUGUGCAAAACUAGUAAUCAUAAAAGUUGAAAUACCCGACUGCGAAAUUCCCGUCCCCAUUUUAUAGAAUACUCAUACAAAAUUAUUGUUUGUGUCGUUCAAAGUUGCUAUCUUGUUAACAAAGUAGUAUACUUAUGACAUUGACAUUAAUAUUAUUUGAAUAGCCGACUAAAUUGUCGAAAAAAAAACCUCAACGUCAAGUUAGAAUGUUAUUUAUACCUACAUCACUUAAAUUAUUUAACUUAAUGAGAAUAACUGUUAAUAUACUCUUUCAAAUUAGCAAGCUUUUCGAUUAAUGAAGUGAAGAAAACGGAAUAAAAUUACGAAUAUAAAAGUUCAAUAUAAAGACGAAAUUUCUUUAAGUUUAAGGUCUGAUAACACAUGAUU